AUGGAAGAUCCCAAAGACACUGGCAGAGAGCCGUCACAAAUGAAACGAGAAAUGGACUCUAUAGACGAUUUUGAGCAUUUGGGGCACGAUUCCAGUCCGCUGAAAGACAUGGCAGCCGCUACUAGUGAUUUGUUGGGGUUGCACAGAGACGUGGAGGCGCCAGCACGUGAUACAAUCCGGGAAAUCAAUACCGCAGGCAAAACUGUAGGGAGUAGUGUUACCGGCAGCCACGGUCACCACGUACUAGACCAACCCCUAAUUCCCCAAAAAAUGGACUCGAAUUUACUGCAAGGAGGCGAUCACCUUCCUGAACACAAAGAGUCUGACACCAAAAUAGAUAAGUUGCUAGCGGACAUGACGACGAAGGCCCACCAGACUGCUGAUAAUAAAGCCAAGUACGAUAUACAAUCUUUCAUGGACAGUGAACGCGGGUUCGGCCAAGAGAAAGAUAAGUUACAGUCGAAUAACGAUAUUAUGGACCGUUAUUCGGACAGUGAACCUGAAGAGUACCAUAAAGCUUCCAAACAUGAAGACUUUCCGAAAAAAGCUGAACUUCCGGAAUCGUUCGGUUCCAUCGAAAAUAUCAAGCAUGAGACGUUCAAAGACGUCGACGAGUUUUUCCAUGAGUCUCCGAAAAAGGAACCGAUCGUGACUAAACCGGCUCUGCCAGAAAUUAUUGAUCCUGUCGUGAAGAAAAUCGAGGAAAAGGCUCCAGAGCCUGUCAGGAGCGCUGUCGAAACUCCGAAAAUUUCGGAACCUAUUAAACCUGCUGAGGUGAAACCACAACCGGCACCUGUGGUCAAAAAACCAGAACCCGACUUGCCAAAGAGAGUUGAAAAUAUUGUCGAGAGAAAACCGAAAAUUGCGCCAGCUGACGCAGAAGCUAUUUUCUGCAAAAUGGGCUUAGAUGCAUGGUUCAAUCCUGAAAAAUUGGAUCCUAAAGUGGAGAGCUUAGUGUACUGGCGCGAACCGAAAAGAUCGGCACCAGUCUUUGGUGGAGUCCUGUUGGUACUUCUCGCCCUCACCUAUUUGUCCCUCAUCAGCGUGGUGGCCUACCUUUCCCUCAUCAGUCUGUUCGGUACCAUCGGCUUCAGAAUCUACAAAAACAUUGUGCAGGCCAUCCAGAAGACAGGCGACGGUCACCCCUUCAAGGAGCUCCUGGAGCUGGACGUGUCGCUGCCGCAGGAGAAGGUGAAAGAGGUGACCGAGGUGGCUGUGGCCCACAUCAACGCCGCCGUCGUCGAGCUGCGCAGGUUGUUCCUGGUGGAGGAUCUGGUCGAUUCCAUCAAGUUCGGGGUGCUGCUGUGGACGCUGACGUACUUGGGGGCCUGGUUCAAUGGCAUGACGUUGAUUAUCAUCGCUUGGGUAGCACUUUUCACUCUUCCAAAGGUUUAUGAAACAAACAAAACUCAGAUUGACGCCAAUUUGGAUAUUGUGAGGACUAAACUUGCUGAAAUCACAUCAAAGAUCAAGGCAGCAAUUCCAAUGGGCAAGAAACCAGAGGAAAAGAAAGAGCAAUAGAUUGUAUUCCUUUGGAAUUCUUAAGGGGCAGUCCUCCCUUAGAGUAA